AUGCUUAAUCUGAGCUGCAAAUUCGAGGAUCCUUCAUCCCAAUUGCAACAGAUCGAACAUAAGAUAUCUGGAUGGCGACCUUCCUACCUUCGGCGACGGGUGUUGAUCGUGUUCGUGGUCGUAUUCUGUGGAGUCAUAGCUGCCCUUGAAGUACUUAACUAUGUCUCUCAAGCUCCUGAUGACAUUAUCUCUUCUGUCAAAAGCCGCCAUUACCUCUGGACUUACGGACCCACUGCCGUAUUCACUGUUAUCGCUACCUUCUGGUCGCGUGUUGAAUUUCAAGUGAAGCAAAGAGCGCCAUGGAAAUCGAUGGCUGCGAAUCCCGGCCAUGCCAGGGAAUCCAUGCUCUUGGACUAUAUAUCCGAAUUCCAGCUGGCAUCGAUCGUCAAAGCCAUAAGAAACAAGCACUUUGAUGUGGCUGCUGGAGUUGCCUGCUCUAUGAUUCUGCGUCUCUUGAUCAUUUUCUCGACCGGCCUGUUUUCAUUGCAAACGGUGCAAGUGCAUCGAUCAUCGGACCCAGUUCACUCAGUCAUCGGACAGGCUGUUAUCAAUGAAAAUCGAAUUGCCAUGACACAGCUAUCCCUCCGUGUGAUGGAGGUCUGCCUGAUACUAGGGAUCUUGCUAGCGGUUUUCAUGAUCUUUCUGGGGCCACACAUGACUAUCGCACCUUGGAACCCAACUUCCAUCUCAUCUGUUGCCGCAAUCAUGGCAAAAAGCGACGAAAUUUGUCGAUCCCUUCGCGGGACCAGUGUGGCUCCAUCAGAUGCGCUUCACGAUAGUCUGAAAGAGCGGCGCUACUAUUCCCAAGUUGCGCCCAAGGGCUUCUUGAUCAAAACAGAAGGAAAUAAUCACAUAACCCUCGACGACCAAGAAACCCAAAUUCCGGCAUGGGCACCAUUUCCUGAUCUUAUUGCUCGCGUUGUAAUCUUCAUUGCAAUCGCAUUGCUUAUUGCGGCCUUGGAGAUUGCAUUGCAUAUCUCGCAAAAGAACGAUGGACUGGGGAAAGUCUCCAAUGCAUAUCACCAUUACCUGUGGACGAUAAUUCCCUCGCUAGUCAUGAUUAGCAUUGGUCUUUUGCUCGGGAGGAUGGACUUCAACACCCGGAGCCUAGCACCCUACGCACAGUUGCAACGGCCUGCCGGCGCGCUAUUUGAGGAAUCCAUGACGGUGAACUAUCUAGAUUCACUCGUUAUCACCAGCAUCAUCCGUUCAAUCCGUACAAGACACUUUGCUGUUCUAGCUACUGCAUUGGCUACCUUGAUCACCUCGUUCCUAGUCAUCGUUGCAAGCGGUUUAUACUCUGCAAUCGAGGUUCCCCACCAAAUCAGUAUGAAUUUCACACAAGAGACCACUUUUUACAGAGGUAAUUCAGCAGACGCUGAUCAAAGUCCCAGCAUGGUUGUUGCCAAACACGUCUUUCACAAAAUUCAGAAUUUCCCCCGCUGGACCUACGAAGAGCUUGCUUUCCCUGAGCUUUUCGUGGAUACGCCAUUGUCCAGCAAUGAGACAGAGGGUUUAUUCAUAGACAUUCGGAUGCCUGCCUUAAGAGCCACUCCCGCCUGUUAUUUUCAAACAGGCCGCCAACUGCAGUGGAAUUUCACGAAGGUCAACUAUGGCAACGAGUCAAUCUACCAACUCAGCGUCCUUGCGCCUAGCAUGCCCUGUUCUCUGGCAGAUGAGGACAUGGGAUCAACUUCCUUGGCUCCUUCACUGGCCGUUCUCAACUCCCAUGGUCUUUUCGGGCAAUCAAGCAUGCUUUCAUGCGGCAGCCACAGUUCCAAACCCGCAACCUUGUAUAUCUGGGGAAAUAUCCAAAACGACUCCAUCGGGGACAUAAGUGCGAUGACUUGUAUUGAAGCCGUCGAAACAGUCGACACUGCGACACGGUUCCUGCUGCCUGGUUUUGACAUCACCGAUGACCAUCCCCCAAUUCCUGACGAGUCAUCUGCGAGAUCAAGCGAAGAUGUUAAUGUCCCGCGGAUCAGUUGGAACAAUUUUAACGUCACGGAUGCUAUAACCGAGAACUCAAACCUGGAUGGGUUCUUCAGAGCACUGGUUAUGGGCAAACAUGCCAUCCCAGCAGAGAAUCUCGUGAACCCAGACUCCAUCGAUAUGGUCAUCAAGGCAAUCAAGCACCAGGAUAGGAUUCUCAAAGCACAGAUAUUUAACAAGUACUCUCGCAGUGCAGCAGACAACGGGAAAGACCAUACCCCUCUGCCAGGGAAUAUCACCGUGCCAAACCGACUGCGCCUGUUGCAAGACGCAGCGUCAACACGUGUUCUUGAAGCGCUUCUCGCUUCUAUCCUCGUGCUGAGUAUCGUCAGUUCCAUGCUCAUGAACACGGAUCACAUCUUGCCAAAGAACCCAUCCAGCAUUGCCGCCGUCGCGAGUCUUCUUGCUGACUCAAAUAUCCUCGCUCAAUACGAGAAGGCUAUGGGUGAUCCGAAUGAACAUUCGCUUGGUCAGGCAUUUUUUUCCCGAUGUCGCUUCUUUCUCGGAUUCCAGGGGGAUUUGUCUGGUCAGAAAGAUCCUUGGCUGUUGUCAGAAGAUCAGGGUUGUGAGAAGUACUGUGUGUACUUCUCGGAGUGGGAUGGUAAGAUGAUGCUGGGUAACGGGUCGAUGUGGUUGAGGAAGGAAUCCCGGGCAAAAGAAACAAGAAUUGAAGAACAGUCGGUAUGA